CACACGCACGGCGGGAGCGCGCGCACCGAGUGGGGCUGGGGCGACGGCAGCAGCAGUAGCGGGAGGCGGUUUCUGGCCUGUGAAGGGUCAGCUCUUUUCCAGAUCCUGGCGACAGAGAGGCCGGCGGACACGGAGCCGGAAGCAGAGAGGAACCGUCUGGGGCUACGGCGUUUGGAUAGCCCGGGAGUGGGAGCGAAGCCGGGACUGAGAGUGAGCCCUGGAUAACCCGGCCGACCGGCAUUAACCUGGGACUGGACCGGGAGUAAAUCCUUGGAGAAACUGGAUUAAAAUCCAAAGUAGAGUGAUUCAGAAACGUCAGACGAAGAGCAGCAAAACAGAAGUGAUCCGGGUCUAAGGAAGGGUGUCAGGAGUGAAUUGGAAUAAAGUCCGGCUUUAGGAGUGAUCUGGAGUAAAGCCUGAGAUUGAAGUGGUCCAGGAUAAACACGUUAUCGGGGACAAUCUGCAGUAAAGCAGGAGUAAUUCGGGAUAAAGUGCAAAACUUGAAGUAACCCAGAGUAAAGCACGGACAACCAAGCUCACUGGAGUCCCGCAUGAUAUCAGGAGUGUUCUAGAGUGAAGCACGGGACCAGGACGGUUCUGGAGUGAAGUGCAUCAUUUGGAAUAUUCUGGAGUGAUGCUCAGGAGUAGCAGCGAUCAACCUAAAUUUUAGGUUUGAAAAGUCAGCAAACCCAUUUGUUCAGAUCUGAAAAUGUCCUUCUUCAACUUUCGGAAGAUUUUUAAGAUUGGCGGGGAGAAGAAGAAGAAGCAGUUUGAACAUGUGAAAAAGGAUGUAAACCCUGAAGAGAUCUGGCAGAUCAUCGGAGAACUGGGGGAUGGGGCAUUUGGCAAGGUCUAUAAGGCACAGAACAAACAAACGGGAAUUCUUGCUGCAGCAAAGGUAAUCGACACAAAGAGUGAGGAAGAGCUGGAAGAUUACAUUGUGGAAAUUGAUAUCCUGGCAUCAUGUGAUCACCAUCAUAUUGUCAAGCUGCUUGAUGCAUUUUACUAUGAAAACAAGCUGUGGAUCCUGAUUGAGUUCUGUGCUGGAGGAGCUGUGGAUGCAGUCAUGCUGGAAUUGGAGAGGGCUCUGACUGAGCCUCAAAUUCAAGUAAUUUGCAAGCAUACACUAGAAGCUCUGAGCUACCUCCAUGACAACAAGGUGAUCCACCGAGACUUGAAGGCUGGGAAUAUCCUGCUCACCAUGGAAGGAGAUGUCAAACUGGCCGAUUUUGGGGUCUCAGCAAAGAAUAGCAGGACAUUGCAACGGAGGGACUCCUUUAUCGGGACACCUUACUGGAUGGCCCCUGAAGUGGUGAUGUGCGAGACGUCAAAGGACAAACCCUACGAUUACAAGGCAGAUAUCUGGUCACUGGGUGUCACCCUGAUUGAGAUGGCUCAGAUGGAGCCUCCACACCAUGAGCUGAACCCUAUGAGAGUACUGCUGAAAAUUGCUAAAGCUGAUCCCCCUACACUGGCACAGCCGUCCCGAUGGUCACCUGAGUUCAGUGAUUUCCUGAAGAAGGCAUUGGAAAAGAAUGUUGAGGUGAGGUGGUCAUGCCAGCAGCUGCUACAGCACCCAUUUGUGGUGAAUGUUGACAGCAGUAAGCCAGUGAGAGAGCUAAUUGCAGAAGCAAAGGCAGAGGUCACAGAAGAGAUUGAAGAGAGCAAGGAAGAUGAAGAGGAGGAGGACUCUGAAAAUGCAGCAGUUUUGCCAGGACACAAACGUGCCCCAUCAGAUAUCAGCACAGCCAGCUCUGAGGACGAGAAACUCUCCCAGUCUCCCUCAAUCCUUGAAUCUGUUUCUGAGAAAAUAGAGUCAGAGCCUGUAGAGGAAAACACAGACAAGGUCAGUGACAAACUGUCGGAUGAGGGGAUUGGUACCAGUGAGGGGGAGAAGCCUGAGAGCGACAGACUGAUGGAGAACAAUACUUCCGACACCAGUAACGAAGAGGUGCAAGGAGGUAGUGAGAACCUGAAUGCUGAGGCUAGGAAAUUCGUGCCAUCUGAAGAGAAAUCUGAGACAGAGGAGCCAAGUGUAGAGACCCCAGGAGCUGAGGAUAGCACUGAGGAACAUCUGAAGGAAUAUGAGGUACACAAGGAUGUUAGAGAACCAGAAGAGGAAAAAAAGAAAGAGCCAGAGGCGGAAAAAGAAAAUGCAACUGGAGAGGAAGGGAAAGUGACAGUCACAGAGCCAAAUGAAGGAGAGACUGAGAGAGAGAACGGCACAGAGGCUGAGAGGGAGAACAAAGCAGCCAGCACUGAACUGAGAGAGGCCUUGGCUGUGACAGAGCCAGAGAAAGUUGAGGAAGAAACAGCGAAAGAAGCUUUCACUGUAACAGAGAUCUGCGUGCAACCAAAAGAGGAUGUAGCUGAAGAUGCACUGAACGUGACUGCUGGGGAAAGAGAGCAGGAGGAGGCAGAGCCAACUGUAAAUACACCAGCACUUCCCAACGAAGAAACAGAGCAAGAGAAACAGGCAAGUGACCUCCAAGUGAACUAUGCUACACAAUCAGAGGAAGGCGAAAGAGGUCCUGAGGUAGAAAUUGUAAUUGAGAGUGGUGUAAAUACAGAGGACACUUCAGAGAUGGAGGCUGAGGCCAAGGCACAAUCUGAAACUAAUCCUUCCUCAGCAGGGGUAAUGCUGAAUGGAGAGUUAUAUGAGACACAAGGUGUCAUGCCUUACAAGGUGAAGGAAGCUGAGAGUCCAGAGGACAUAAAGUUGGAGAUAAUCCCUGCAAUUAAUAUCACCGCAGAGGAAAUGAAGGAAAAUGUGGACCCUGCUGCUCAAGCUAAAAGCAUCGGUAAAGAGAAGGAGAGAGAUGCAGAUUCUGGGAGCGGGUCAAUGGCAGACAACAACAGCAUUGACUUAAGCCUGUCUAUUUCCAGUUUCCUGUCCCGCAAUAAGGAGACCGGAUCCAUAUCACUCCAGGAAAUGAGGCAACAGAAAAAGACAUUGAAGAAAACACGUAAGUUUAUGGUAGAUGGUGUGGAGGUAAAAGUUACGACAUCAAAAAUUGUUACAGAUAAUGACAAAAACAACGAAGAAAUGAGAUACCUCAGGCGUCAGGAGUUGCGUGAGUUGCGGCUGCUUCAGAAAGAGGAACAGCGCACACAGCAGCAACUCAGCAAUAAGUUGCAGCAGCAGCGUGAGCAGAUCUUCCGCCGCUUUGAGCAGGAGAUGACAAGUAAGAAGCGUCAGUAUGACCAUGAGAUUGAGAACUUGGAGCGGCAACAGAAACAGACGAUCGAGCGUCUUGAACAGGACCACACUACCCGCUUGCGAGAUGAGGCAAAGAGAAUCAAAGCUGACCAGGAAAAGGAGCUGUCAAAGUUCCAGAGCAUGUUAAAAAAUCGCAAAAAAGAGGUUAAAAAUGAAGUGGAUAAACUCCCCAGAGAACAGAGAAAAGAACAAAUGAAACGAAUCCGAGAGGAGCUUUCGCAGUCCUUGCAUGCCCAGGGUGUCGCCCAGGUUAUGAUACAGUCUUUUCAGUUAUCUUCGUGCACCUUGUUCAACGCACAGCUUCAGGAUGAACAGGAGUUUCUGCAGAAGCAGCAGCUGGAGUUGGAUGGAGCACUGAAGAAAAUUAUCCAUCAGCACAAACUGGAGCUUGCUACCAUCGAACGAGAGUGUCUCAACAACAAGCAACAGCUGAUGCGAGCCAGAGAAGCAGCCAUCUGGGAACUGGAGGAGCGGCACCUGCAGGAAAAGCACCAGCUUCUGAAGCAGCAGCUAAAAGACCAGUACUUCAUGCAGAGGCACCAGCUCUUAAAAAGGCAUGAGAAGGAAAUGGAGCAGAUGCAAAGAUACAACCAACGACUUAUUGAGGAUCUGAAGAAUCGACAAACCCAAGAGAGAGCCAGGUUGCCCAAAAUCCAGCGCAGCGAAGCCAAGACUCGCAUGGCCAUGUUCAAGAAGAGUCUGCGAAUUGGCUCCUCGAGUUCACCAGAACAGGACCGGGAGAAGAUUAAACAGUUUGCUAGCCAGGAGGAGAAGAGGCAGAAAAAUGAGAGGCUACAGCAGCACCAGAAACAUGAAAACCAGAUGAGAGACCUGCAGCUCCAGUGUGAUGCCAAUAUUCGGGAAUUACAGCAGCUACAGAAUGAAAAGUGCCAUUUGCUAAUUGAACACGAGACACACAAGCUGAAGGAAGUGGACGAAGAGCACUGCCAGGAGCUGAAGGAUUGGAGAGACAAGCUUCGGCCCAGGAAGAAGGCAUUAGAGGAAGAAUUUGCUCGCAAACUGCAGGAGCAGGAAGUCUUUUUUAAGAUGAGCGGGGAAUCUGAAUGCCUCAAUCCAUCUACACAGAGCCGUAUUUCCAAGUUCUACCCUGUCCCAAGUCUACACUCCACAGGAUCCUAACUGUGGGGCUACCAAGCGCUUCCUACUCUUUCAGUAUAACACACUUCUAGUAGUACUGAUCCAGUAACCUGCAGCAAGGACUCUUGGCUGCCUCUUUACCACCUUUGAGUUUGAAGACAAUCAGCAUGUGGCUGUUUGGAUUGAAAGUUUUCUAACCUUAUGAGACUGUUUGUUUUGGGAGGUCCGGGAUAAGUUACAUGACUUGAUUUCCUGAUGAUCCAAUGAGAAACACAGACUGGGAACUGUGUGUUUAUAUCACUAAUGGCACCAUUUUAAUCAUUUAUAAUACUCUUACCUAUUUUUGGUCCACUCGUCUUUUGGUCAGAUAGCAGGGGAAUAGGCUCCAGGUUCCUGCAGUGGGUUACAGCGGCUCUAUGCAGAGAGAUGUGCUGGAAGGGCCAGAGCAUGUUCUGAUGAAAUGGUGACAAUUGUCUGAUGGGUCUGGGAGUGGAAUAUUACUGCAUGUCUGAGGGCUUCCAUUGCAAUUAGCAGGUUUCAGUAGGUAUUGCAGUUUGCUGCAUUAUUUUGAGCAAUCUAAUAGUUUAUGUAUCAAUUAACCUGUAAUAAGUGUUUCCAAAGUUCAUUAUUUGCACCCAGUAUUUAUUCCAGUCAUUUAAUUGCAGAAAGUUGGAAUUGAAUUGCAGCAGAACUUCUGCAGGACGAGGUGUCUGCCUGACUCCCACAAGUUUACAUUUCAGCACUAGCUAGUGUGGACAAUUCAAAUUCUGUCCUGUCACCUCCUGGAUUGGUCGUGAGUCCAUCCAGACUGGUGGGAUGAAAAGGUCUUGCAAGAGACUCAGUUUGAGUAUUCUCAAUCCCCCAGUUUCUAUGGUGUAGGUAACAGUUGACAGGUAAGACCAUUCAAGCCUUUCACAGUUUGUCAAAACAAAAGGAAGAUACUGUGGAUACUGGAAAUCUGAAAUAAAAAAUGAAAAUACUGGAAAAACAGCAGGUCAGGCAGCAUUGUGGAGAGAGAAACAGAGUUAAUGUUUCAGGUCUGUUACCUUUCAUCAGAACUGAUGGAGGUCACUGACCUGAAAUGUUAACCCUUGUUCCUCUCUCCACAGAUGCCUUCACAGGUACUUUUCCUUGUGUUGCCUACCUGCUAUCAUAUUUCAGUCUUUUUAUAAGAAAGGACACAGGAGCCCUAAAACACAUAACCUGUGCUGUGAAUUAUGACUGUUACUGAGAACAGAAUCUCUUUGAAUUUAGUGUCCUCAUUGAGCUAAAGCAAGUCUUAGGAACAGUAAAGGCAUAAUUUCACAGCACUGUUCAGUUCUAUCCAAGUAUAGUGCCCCACACGGUGUACUAUCCCAGAGCUUGGGAUUUGCAUCUGGAGAAACCCAGUUCAAAUUGAGGAAAUUAUCCAUGGGCAGAAUUUUACAUCCUGUGGGUGGGUGCACUCCCGAUCCAAUCAGGUAUAAGAUAUUGCAUGAUGACAUCAGGUGAGUGUCCCGACGUUAUCGGCACUCGCACGAUAUUUCGGUUGGCGGGCACACAUGAGAGUCGGCAAUGCACCCACCAACAAUUAAGAGGUCUAAAAAGGCCAU